CUUUUCUGAAAGAUGCAUUUCUAAAUACAGCAAAUUAAAGCGAAAGUCACUACGGAGUAGCCUAGAAUGGAAGAUGUCCUACAUUCAGAAAAUACGCGCGUAAAGCGCGAAAAGAGUACCUAGAAGUACAGGGUAAAAAAAGAUGGUCGUGGGCCGAAUAAGACUGCUCACGACUUGCAGUUUUCCAGUCCUACUUGCAGUUUUCCAGUCCUAUGCAGUGAAACUGGAUCCCUUCCAUAUCGACGAAAUUACCGUUUCCCCCGUUCCUGUGACUAAUAAAGCAGAAAUAGAUGCCCAAGUCGCAGAGAAAGAGGAGGAAAAAGACGCAGCCUUGGCUCAAAAUUGGAUUCUAGAUACCGCGAUCGCGGUGGAAAAAGAUCGCACAAAAGUAGAAGCACUGAAGUUAAGGGUAGUUGGAAGUUAACUUAUCUGAGAACAUAUCUAUGACCUGGUAUCUAUGACCUUAUCUACGGUCCUCAGGAAAGUUGGCAACAGGGACAUAUGCAUGCAUCAAGAAGAAAAGGAUGCCAAUGCCCACCAACACAAGACCUACCAUCACGAGUGAUACCACCAAACUUCGGUGAUUAGAGAGUGUGCGAGCUAGAAGAUAGGUCAACUUGCAACCGCUAAUGGUGGGAGAAUUAGAGAGUGCGACGCGGGAGGCGCACAGUAUCUACUUGGAGAACCGAGAAGCAAUCCAGAAAGUAGUCGAUGCGGCAAGUGCGGUGGGACAUUACUUAUGCAGACAUUACUUAUAAGGAAAAGACUAUGAGGGGGAAGUAUUAUUUUAUCUAUCAAAUCUUCUAUUAUCAAAUGUUGUAGAACUAUGGCUUUAGUUUUAGUUAGCUCUUAACGUAGAAUGACUUCACGACAAGCUGCAGCUGUCCAAAACAUGGAGGAAUGUGAACGACCUUCAUCACAUGGUCGAACGCUUCCUUAAUAACCUUUCAAGUCUCAUCAAGAUCAUCCAGCAUAAUCAUUUCCCAUUCCCACGUCGUGGUCCUCUUCUCCCUCAUCUAAUCCCCGAACGCCGUCUCCAGCUAGAAGUAGCAGAGCCACUUGCUGCAAAGAUCAAAAAGCAGCAAGAAGAGGCGACUUUGAAGGCGAUUCGCGCAGACCGGGAUGACUUGGGGAAAGCGGCAGCAAAAGUGCGUGCGCAGUUACGCUAGGGUUAAUUUCUUAGUGUUGGGAGUUUGUUAUUUCCAGUAUGAUUCUUGGGUGGUUGCAGGAGUAAAUAGAGACCCUUCUACUUGUUCUACAUGAACGACAAUCAACUACAAGUUUGCUUGGAUGCAGUUAAAGUCGCUCAUUUCUGAACCUCCGGGUGAUCAAUCUGUCUUCUUCUAACAACUGUCCUAGCAGACCGGCAAUCCCAACGAGAUGCUGCGAAGCAAGCAGAAGAAGACGCCGUCAAGCCGAUCGCGGCAGCCAAGGGAGAAGAAGCCAGAUCAGUUGUCGACUUUUGGAAUCGCGCAAGGUCUAUGGCAAAACAAGUGGGGGCUUUGAAAAAAGCAAGCAUCAGGGUUGCGAAACAAGCGGAAUUGUAAUUCUUAAGACUUGAAUCAUGUUCGUGAUGUAGUUGACUUAAAAGCAAUGCGUAGCUUCCUUUUCAUCCAAGGAAACCGAUGGAAUCGGUUGUAGGUUUCGGUUGUAGGCACGCGGCCCACUUCUUCAUCAGGAAACUGGUUCUCGGUUGUCGGGUGUUUUCCAUCAAAUUGGCACAUUGGCACUCGUUUGCCUCAAUACAUCACAUUGGAAAUCGCGCGGAAAUAGAGCUAAAGUGAUGGAGGAGAUCAAGGAUAUCAGCGCAGGCAAGUCACGUUCGUGAUCUAGGUGACUUCAAAGCAAUCGGUUACCAUCUUCAAAUCGAAAUUAUCCUAAUCCAAUCCGUCUUCUUAAAAUACAGGUACUCCUUCCGCCACCUCACUCUGCAAGCGAGUCAGAUGAUGAUGCAGGCGCAUGAGCUGAUGAAACAGGCAGACGCCUUGAGGGCAGAUGCACAGAAAUUCGCUCAUGCUGCUGAGCAAAUGUUAAGGAAAUGAACGUAGACUAACUAAAAAAGUUAGCUAUGAGGAGUCCGACAGAGGGAAUGAGUUGCAACCUCUUUUUUUUUGAUUUUAGUAGACGAAGGAGCUUCCUAGAUUACAGUUAUUUGAACGUGCCUUGUCUUAACCUUCUUCAAGGUCCUGUAAUUACAGUAGUUCCUGUUCCCUCUAACAAGAAACGGAAAAGUUGGUACCAUCGCAGCUGCGGAGGCGUCGGCUAGGGCGGCGGCAAGAGAGCAGUUUUUUCCUGGAGGAUCUGGUGUUGCUCAUGACGAGCCGUUGCCGGACCUGCCUAGUGGUGUGGAAUUCGCGGAAGUGGAGGGUGGGGGAGGAUCAGCGCCAGCUGGUAGUAAAGCGCCGGCGAACUAGUAGUAGCUGUGGUUAAAGUUGUAGGAUGAGAAGACGAAGUUGUAACUUGUUGAAGAUAUUUUUAGGUUGUACUCAUAGAAGAGGACCAAGCGUCAAAGGAGCACUAUUACUAUAGCAUCAGCAGACGCAAAGAAACACGGAAGCAAAAUUUUGAGUAUCCUUUCUUUUUUCCAAGCUGUCAGCCAGAGUUCGUUACAUCUCGACAACAGGAGAUCCUAGAAUCACGACAACAUCUAAAGUGUUGCGAAAGCAUGACUCUUGUUUUUGUCGGUAACGAGAGCAAGAUCCAAG